AUGUCCACGCCUCCGCUGGCCGCGUCGGGGAUGGCGUCCGGGAUGGCGCCUGGGCCCUUCGCGGGCCCCCAGGCUCAGCAGGCCGCCCGAGAGGUCAACACGGCGUCGCUCUGCCGGAUCGGGCAGGAGACGGUGCAGGACAUCGUGUACCGCACGAUGGAGAUCUUUCAGCUCCUGAGGAACAUGCAGCUGCCAAAUGGUGUCACUUACCACACUGGAACUUACCAAGACCGCUUAGCAAAGCUGCAGGAUCAUCUUCGCCAACUUUCCAUCCUCUUCAGAAAGCUGAGACUGGUCUACGACAAAUGCAUCGAGAACUGCGGUGGGAUGGACCCCAUUCCAGUAGAGCAACUUAUUCCCUACGUGGAAGAAGAUGGCUCGAAGAAUGAUGACUGGGCUGGCCCACCUCGCUUUGCCAGUGAAGAGAGGCGAGAAAUUGCUGAAGUAAAUAAAAAACUCAAACAGAAGAAUCAACAGCUGAAGCAAAUUAUGGAUCAAUUACGAAAUCUCAUCUGGGAUAUAAAUGCCAUGUUGGCAAUGAGGAACUGA